AUGUCGCCGCCGCGUCGUCGCUCUGCUCGACUAGCGAGUGCUACUCAUACCAAGACUCCCAAGAAGCAAGAGCUUGCCAUGAGCCUAUCAUCUCUUGCUGAGCGCGAUGAGAGCCCAGUCGAUGAGCCUACACAGAGCCUGAACGCCGUCAUUUCAUCGCCCAUGCCUCAGCCCAAAACACCCUCCGCCUCUUCUCCCACCAAGCCCCCCAUACUGGGCUUCACAGAUAUCAAGCCGUCGGGGAAUGUUGGUGAUCGCCAACGUGCGCUGGCGCAGCUGACGCCAUCGAAGGCAACUGUCUCGUCCUCGCCGUUCAACUUCACAUUCACUCGCCCGGCUGGCGAUCUUGGUCUCGGCCCUGAAGCUCAACGCAUGAUGAAUGAGCUGCGUGAGGAAGCUGCUAAAAUCAAGGCUGAUUUGACCGCAAAGCGCGAGCAAGAGAAGCUUGAAGAGGAACAGAUGAACGGCCGCAAAAUCGCGCAACCCAAGGGGAAAGCUGGCCGCUUCAGCGCUGUUCACAUGGCAGAGUUCAAGAAGAUGGACUCUAUUGAGAAUCACCCCUCUGCGUUUCGAGCUGUUCCAGGACGACUCACACCAGCCUCAAAGGGUCUUAAGCGAACCCAGUCAAAGGCAAAUCUCGACGACUCCGAAUCGAUGCGUGCAAAGACACAGAACCCGCCACCAUCAGCGAAGACGGUCCGACGUCCUCAAUCCCGUGAUGCAGAUUCACCUGCAAAGCGCGUUCGACAACACCUGGAAGAUGAUGCUUCUAGUAAACGACCGAUUUCCAGAGACGGCAGCUUCAUACCAAGACCUACAACUGCCGGCAAGGACUCUGCGAGUAUUCCUCGUUCUCACUCGACUUUGGCGUCACUCAUGACGCCGACUAAGUCGUCCCUUGCUCGAGCAGCCAGUCUGAAGACCCCAACCCCACUUCGUUCCAUGAUCCAAUCACCAGCGAAAACUACGCUGAGUGGGAUACCCAAGUCUGCCACCAUCCACAACUUUGACGCCAAAGACUCUGAGAAGGGUAAGGCGCGGUCUCCUGCCCGCAGCCCUGGUCGUUUCGACAGGGUCAAGUCUAUCUUUACUAGACAGAAACCUGUUGAUGUGAAACCAAAGAGCAACAUCCCAAUGCCCUUAGCGCAGACUUCAAAGACUCCGGCUCCACGGCGACUUGAGAAGGCCUUGCCUGCACUGCCUCUCACUACACCUGGUCAUCGGUUCUCGAAGCAUGUUUCUUUCACGCCUGAAACGAAGCGUGCUGCUCUUGCUCAGAAUUCGCCGUCUCCCAUCAAAUCUGGUCUUUCUCGAUCAAAGACAAACAAUGAUCCGAUUCAUUAUCCCUCACUCGAUGCAGUAAUGGCAGAUCAAGAAGAUGACGGCACUGUGACGUAUCCGGAUCUCUCGCGCUCUCUGUCAAAGGUUUCAGCCAAAAGCGAGCUCAAAACAGAGAAUCGUGCGGCUCCUCAGGAUAUUCCAGGAACAUUCACCUUCCGCAGCGAUCACACUAUUCGCUUCGGUAGCACAUCUCCGGGUGGGUUUGGUUCCUCCCCUGGCCAGGCGAGUCUUCGUCAUGUGCGUCCCUCGAUCAUGCCCACUGCCCGUAUGCCAGGUAGCUUCCCAUCCUCCAGCCUAUUAACGGCAUCUGGCGCCGACAAGGAAAACCAGGAUCCCAAACCGAUCUUCGAUAUGAAGGCAUUUCCUCACGGAAUGGUGAACAAGAAGCGUCACCGUGUCACGGAUGACGAGGAGGAGGCAGAGAAGGAGGCAGCGGAACGAGCUGCAAAGAAACAAAAGAGCCGGCCGGUGGCUGAGGGCGAUGCUCUUGUCGCUCCGCGCCUGUUGGCAAAAAACAGGGGUAGUGCAAGCCCGAAGAAGUCUCCGCUCAAGUCUGGCAACAAUACCGGCAGAGCAAAGCCAACAUCCCUAAGUCUAGCAAGACUGAACAUGUUGGCUCGUCCCAAGAACCGGAAGUAG